GUGCAGUCGUCGAUUACCUAACAAGGUCGCGGAUCGUAGUAAAUGGGUCUUUAUUAAAGCAACAACAAUAUGCAUAAAAACUACACUGGAAACAGUUCUACGUGGAUAACAGUCUAAGCUGUCAUUACCGAACGUUGGACUUCAAAAUACUCUUCAUCUCAAGACAGAAAGGAGAUUAUGAUGUAAGUGAAUACAUGUGACCCAAUAGGAAAAUAAACCGUCCCACACAGUGCUGGUAGUACACUACGUCCCACACAGUGCUGGUAGUACACUUUCAUUGAACAUGGAUGAAAACAAACUGAUAAAAAAUCUUCAGCAACAUUUUUGUGUAUCGGACAAUAUCCACGAUAACAACGAACUAUAUUCAAUGAUUGGACAGUUACUCCCGCAUAAGUGUAAACAUGGAGAUGUUCGUAAAGAUUUAUCCAAAUUCCAAACAAGACUGGAGUUUUACUUUUCGCUAUUCAAGUCUCAUAAAUACAGACCAGAUAUUACUACGCGUGAGGCGUUUAGAAAGGACAUGACAGUCUUAGAGAAAAAGCACUUCCCACCUACUUUGCGUGAACUAUAUGCAAUCAGUGAGUUUAUGGAGCAGAAACUAAUUCUCCUUAGAGUUACAGAUGAUGCUGGAACACUCAGUGGGUUUCAUAUUAGGCCAAUUGUUAGAGAAAUGUCUCCAAAGGCCGCGAUCAUAAUCCUGGUCACCUUUGUGAAUGGGGAGCCGUACUUUAGACUUCUUCAGGGGGAAGAACGUAAUCUGGGGAAAUGCUCUGUCAACUUCAUCAAUGCCAACCACGAAUCAUGCCUUGAUAAAAGAUUCCGAAAUUCAUUUCACGAAUUGGAUACGUCAUUUGUAUUGAAGAAAAUUGAUGGAUUUAGUGUUUUUUCAUCCGAGGCAUUAGAUUUUACUACAAUAUCAUCAGAAACAGAAGCAACAAACAUUUUUAUUGUAUUUAGCCAGCUUUUAUAUGGAACAGAGUGCAUGGAGGAUUUUGUCAAGGACUGCGUCACGUCUCAUAUGAAAUCUCCAGAAUUCUAUGAAAUGUAUCAAAACCUUGCAUGCUUAGAUGAGUUUGAAAAGGAGAAAAAAUGGAUUGACAAGUUACCAGAAGGAAAAGAAAAGGAAUUACAACUUUCAAAACUAAGAAAUAAAGCUCUAGAUAUUCAUCUUCAGCAAUGGGAUUCCUUUAGCGUCGGAGAUUUCUUUGCUAUUUCAAGUGUCUUCAAUGUUGAAAUUUAUGUCGAGAGAGGACAAGAACAUAGCUUGUUUCUUCCCAUCUGUAGUAGCUACUUUGAAAUAUUCACUUCACCAAUAUAUGUGAAACAAGUGUCUAAUGACACACUGUCCCUGCUAUUUAGUGACAAACAAUGCUCAUGUGUCCGUCAAAAGCCGGUCAUCCCAGGACACUUCCCAAUUUACCAGGACACAAUGGAAGACUACGUCAUGAAGCGAAUUGGAUUGGAGCCGUGUUGUCCUGGAAAGACGCAUAGACCUCACGAGCAUUUUUCAUUGAUAUCGGAUUCCCACAUCCCUUCACAUGAUCAAGUUUCACAUUAUCAACGGCCUCUAGAUGAUCACAUAGAAAAGGUUGUUGAGGUGAUGGCUUCUCAGAACAGAAUACUUGAUCAAAUAAAUGGCGGCAAAGGUUCCUUGGAGCAAUGUCUUUGCAAGGAAAUAUUUGGGGAUGAGAAUAAGAUAUCGUUAUUUAAAGCGAGAUUUUGUUGUGAUGAAACCAUGAAUCCAGAGGAAGCUUUACAGCUCAUCGCAAAUUCCACAGAGAAGCCAGUGUAUGUGUUUAAAUACUAUCCUGAAAAAUUUUCUUGGACUUUUUUCGAGCCGCACUCAACAAUGCAAAAACAAGAGUCUGUUUGUCGCUACUACACAACGAUUUUAUUCAAUGGAAAGACUGGCUAUUUCGAUAGAAUAGUAGCAAAAAAGGGAUGCAACUGCAAAAUACCUUCUCCACAUGUCGAUGUCAAACUAAAAGAAGAUUUAAAACUAGAUCCUGCAAUUCAAAUUGCAGACAGCAGAAGACACAGACCAUUGUUAACCUUCCUUGCAACUGACACAAGUCCGGACUUUUUUGAGGACGAAUUAAGAAAUGUGCCAACUGUUUUUUCAAGGCACUCAGAAAUCUACAUUCCAAUAAGCAGAAGAGAUAUGCGGGAGAAGGAAAUGGAUUUUAUGUCGGAUUACAGCUUUUCCUUAUGUCGCUGUGUAAGCAAGGAAAUUUUUGGGACUGAACACCAAUUUGAAACGGUUAUGAGAAAAGUCAUUGAAGAAAUUGUGAAUAACUAUAAACUUUAUGGUAAAUUUAUGAGAUGGGAAACUGACGAUAUUGAAAACAACGCAUUCUUAGCGAAUUUCACCUCAAGAAAGAAAGAAAAGUGGAAUAUUCUAAAACCAAACUCGAGCAUUGAAAAAGAGCAAUCCACGUUUUUUGCCAAUCGGAUAGAGGAUGGGAUGGAAAUAGAAGAUUUAGAACUGUAUGCUCUCUCUACAUGCUUUCAGGUUCCAAUAUUUGUCCUGUGUAUGGAAGAAAAUAAAGGAAAACUGACAACAUUCUGGAAAGAAUUUACACCAUUAGAAAGAAAACGGAAACCAAAAAAUUUCAAAGAAAGUUCACGCAAACCCUCUUGCCUAAAAGACAGCGAUGGACAUAGCAAAUAUUUCAUCAUGGUUUACAGAACAUGCACUGGUCAAUUUCACCGAAUAGUUCCAAAGCGCAAUGUGUGCAACUGUCUGACAGAAGUACCGUUUUUACCAGGAGCCGAAAACUAUGAAGUCGAUAGAGCUGAUGAAAAUAUCUUGAUAAAAAUGAGGAGCAUAGAAAACAAAAUCAAUAUCUCGAAAUUAGCUCUUGACAACUGGUUGCGAUGCAAUAUGGCCUAUGAACUUCUUUGUAAAGAAAUUAUAGAUGAAUUAGAGAACAGAAGAAAGAAUGUAAAUAUUGCAUCAAUCGUCGGGUCCUCGGUGGGUCUUGCAGGUACAGCCCUUGCUGUUGGUGGACUUGUUGCGGCACCAUUUACAGCAGGUGUUUCAUUAGGACUAACAAUAGCUGGUGGCGUCGUUGGAACCGCUGGGGGCGCAACUUCGAUAGGAUCAAAGAUUUCAGAGCUCGUUUUGAACAAAUCGGCUGUCAUUCAAAUGGAAAGAUACCAGAUGAAUUUACUAGAGCGUUCCCGGUGCCUUGAAAAGUCUGUUCAGGCUCUGCAAAACGAACUACAUUUUCUGUUAUCUGAUGAAAACAUCCAUGUAUUUGAAAAUAGCGCCUUAGCAACAUCAGCUCUUAGAGCAUUCACUACAAUACCCGUGAUAGUCCUGCGUGUUAUAGCUAGGGUUGUUUCUAUUGCUGACAUGCUCCUUGUUCCACUAUCUGCGGUCCUUGAUGCUGGUAUUCUGGCAUAUUCCAUUUAUAAUCUUGCUAAAGGAUCGAGAACAAAUGAAACAGAACGAUUAAGAUCUAUCCGAACAAUUUUGAAAGUCACGAGAAUCCAGAUGCAAAUUUGGGGAUAUGGAAACCAACAUAAAUGGGAAAAGAAAAUUGAGUAAUACUACUAAUCAGGAUAACAAUUACAUCUUAUCAGUAUUGAAAGCUUUCUUCCAGUUUUUAGUUUAGCUUUUUUAAGAUAGCCUAGAGAAUCUUGAUGAAUAUGUAAGUAUGUAUGUUUGUAAUAUAAACUUAGCAAUACUAGAAUUUGAUUCUGUUGAUUAGCUGUACCCCUGAUCACAUCAUAGACAAUUUCAUUUUACACGGGAUAAUGUAAUGAUGUAUGCUCUGAAAGAUUGAGUUCUACCUUCCAUGUAGUUUGAUAUACAUUGAUACAGAAAAGUAAAUUUUCUUACAAAAAUUGUAGUGUACGUUUGACAUAUAACAAAAAACAGUACAAACAAAAACACAGACGAGUUGAUUUGGCUAAUGAGGCUGUGAUACAGUCAAUUCCAUUUUUGAUAUACACUGUACAUUGUCAUUAAAAAAGUGAAGACAAGGAAAAGUUUACUAAUCAAUCUCAUAAGUAGCACAAAGACUACGGAAUUAAAAGUAAGGCAAACACGAGCCCCUAGAAAUACCAGAGGUGGGAUCAGGUGUUUAGGAGAAACAAUGUGUAAAGAGAAUAUACAUGUAGGGUAGAUAAAUACCAGAGGUGGGAUCAGAUGUCUAGAAGAAACAAUGUGUAAAGAGAAUAUAGGGUACAUAUUCUUACGCAUAUGUGUUAAAUGGAGAACAUCGACUACACCUCACUGAUGCCACAUGUAUAUUUAUUAAUCUGUUAAAUGUGUUGAGUGUUUCAUGUAGCCUUCUCUUAACAUCAAUACAUCUUUGAUAUUAUAAGUUUCAAUUCAACUGGAUUGGUUUUAAAUUGAAGUCUUGUAUACUAAUCAGAUUAACAAUAUCUUCAUUGCUGGUAAAAUAUAAUAAUCUCGAUUUUUUUCAAAAUACCAAUCCUUUAGCUAGUUUGAGCUAAGUGUUCAAAGAAAACUUAACUGUGGAAAAAGUAUUCUAUUCUGGUGAAUAUCACAGGUAUCAAAAAAAAGAAAGAAAAAAGACUCUUUUUCAUUGAAUAUACACUGUAUAGAUAAUGAAACAUGGUCCAUUCUGUUGGUAAAGAUACACGAAGAGUUAUAUUAGGUUAAUACAGUGUUUGUCUGAUGAGCAUGUGGGCAUGUCGCUUGGUUUUUCUAAUUUGAUUUAUUAGUAUCUUUAUUAAAAUUAAACAAAAUGACUUUAUAUUUCUUCGAGUGAAGCUUCGAUUAUAGCCUGUAAAUAAGAUGGUUGCUACUGCUGAAAAUAUAAACGUAGAGCAAUGUAAGAUUAAUGAAACGGUGUGUGAGAAACAUGAGAUUUAAUAUUACUUCACCCUCCCUCUACAUAAGGAAUCGUUUGAUAUUACAUUAUCCUCCCUCUACAUAAGAAUUGAUUUAGGUGGAGUGUGAUAACUAAUGCAAUCUGUAUUCUAUUGAUGUCAGAAUCUUAGUUAACAGUAAAACAUUUAGAUGAC